AGAGCCACAGCACUCAGACCAAGCCGAGCGGGCUCUGGGCUACCUGGGACUCUCUUUGUGACACCCCAGCACACAAAUACACAGAGGCGGAGAGAGGAAAAACAGAAAAAGAGCUCCAACAUGGGAGGCAAACUGAGCAAGAAGAAGAAGGGGUACAGUGUCAAUGAUGAAAAAGCUAAAGACAAAGACAAGAAGGCUGAAGGAGCAGCAACUGAGGAAGAGGAGACUCCAAAGGAGGCUGAGGAUGCCCAGCAAACCACAGAGACCACAGAAGUGAAGGAGAACAACAAGGAGGAGAAGGGCGAAAAGGAUACUCAGGUCGCUGCCAAUAAGACGGAAGAAAAAGAAGGGGAGAAGGAGAAAACAGUGACCCAGGAAGAAACCCAGAAACCAGAACCAGAGAAGUCGGAGGCUGUUGUCGAUGCGAAAGUAGAGCCACAGAAGAACAACGAACAGGCACCCAAGCAAGAGGAGCCGACUGCAGCCUCUGCUGCUGCUGCCAGUAGCGAAGCACCCAAAACUUCUGAGCCUAGCAACGAUGCAAAAGCUUCCCAGCCUUCAGAAGCCACAGCUCCCAGUAAAGCAGAUGACAAGAGCAAAGAGGAAGGGGAAGCCAAAAAGACUGAGGCUCCCGCAACGCCUGCAGCCCAAGAAACUAAAAGUGAAGUGGCCCCAGCUUCAGACUCAAAACCUAGCAGCAGCGAGGCUGCGCCUUCUUCCAAGGAGACCGCGGCAACAGCAGCACCUAGUUCCACUGCUAAGGCCUCGGACCCUGCAGCCCCACCAGAGGAAGCGAAACCUUCUGAAGUUCCAGCGACUAAUUCGGAUCAAACCAUAGCAGUGCAAGAUUAAAUUGGACAGCCUGUUGAAACAACCACUUAAAACAACCUGUGUCUUUUUUUUAUUUUUUCAGCUAUACUAACUCGUUUCAGAUCUGAAAUAACAAAUAUGUAUUGCCCAGAAAGAAAAGGAGAAAGGAGAAAAAAAAAAAAGAAAAAAUGAAAAGGAUGUCCCAUCAAGUUGGGAGGGAGGGAGGGGGG